UUUAUGAGUUAUUUGAUGUCGUCACGUUACGAGACUCAGCCUGUAUACACAUGUAUCGUCGAUCAGACACGAGCUCCAAGCGCCGAGCACCGGCCAGCGACUGACACAUCAAUCUGUCGAAUCGAUUUCAGCCGUCCCCGGAAAACCGAUCGCAGAUACAGCAGAUCGAGCAGCGCGAGCGAGUCGUCGAACGUCAGCAGCGAAGUCCCUUGUUUCUCGUCGAGCGCGUCGACGCCGUCGCUGUCGCGAAACAGCAGCAACGAACGAGAACGAAAGAACGGGAAGCUGCCCGUCGUCGAAUCGUCAUCGCACGAAAAGAAGCAUCCGAGCAACUUGUCGUCGCAAGUAGAAAGCGAAAAGGAGACGAGAUCGGCGAACGGUGGUGCCAUCUUGGCCAGGCCACCGCCGCCGCCACCACCGCCGCCCCCACUACCGGACAAAGAGGACGUCGUGGUGCUCGUGGUGAACGCCAAGCAAAACACGGAACCAACCGCCAGGGACGAGAAGAGAGAUGUCUUCGGUGAAGCGAACCGGAAUGGAAGAAGCGAGAACCUUCCUCUGUCUUCUACAGCGGUCAACAAGUCCGACGCAUCCUGCGGCGAGCACCAGCAGCCGGAAGUGCCGCCAGCCAGUCCACCGGCAGACACCGAGGAAAUUAAGACGAGCCAAACGUCCCAUCUGGUCAACAAACACAUGGUGCUGCCGUUCAUACCGCCCAAGUUCGCCAACGCGGACUCCAACACCCUGCUCAAGCCGUCCGAGUACCUCAAGAGCAUCUGCAAGAUUUCGUCCAAGAGCAGCUUGCUGAAAACCAGAUCGGUGGACAAUCUGGACAUACAGAGCAGAGGAAGAAUAGAGGGCUCGUCGUCAAGGUCGGAAGGGGCCGAGGAACUUGCGUCGGAAGUUACGGCGAGACGUGGCGGUGGUGGCGGUGAGGGGGAGGGGGAGGGGGAGGAGGAGGCGGAAGGGAGGGUGGUGGUGGUGAUCGAGGAAGGGAAGGAAUCGAGCGCGGGUCCACCGCCACCGCCGCUGUCCCCGCUGCGGAGAUCCCGUUUGCCGCGGAGCAACGACGAGCCCACCGCCGAUCCCGACUCCCCCAGAGUCGCCUCGCAGCCACUCGCCACCAUCAGCAUCCAAGAUCUCACCAGCAUCCAGCUACGACGCACCACCGCCAAGAUGAACGCGACCAAGACGUUCUCCGCGCCUCCGCCGCGCAGCGUGUCCAUGACCAACGUUUCAGAGUCGUUCUUCGUUCAAAAGACCGACCUGAUCGCGGAACUGAAGAGAACCAAGGACAUACCCGGCAUCAAGAAGCUGAAGGUUGAGAUGGCGCAGGUGGAGAAGACGCAGGAGCAGAACCUCAUGUCGGAGAUCAACAAGGCGUUCAACGUUUCGAAUUUCGUCGACCAGGUGGGUGAAACGGGCGAAACGAGCGUCCCUUUUUUUCUCUCCGCUUUCUUUCUUCGUCGCUGUCUCGAGUUUUUCACUGUUGAAUCGUCAUUUAUAUUAUGUUAUAUUAUGUGCUACAAUGUUAUACGAAGAAUAUCGAGUUCUGUUUGUAAAAAUGGUUGA